AUGCCAAAGCCCAAACCUGCUACUGCUGCUCAAAACUCCCCCCAGACCAUCGCUGCAGAUGCCUCAGAUGUUUCGGAUGCGCCAGCAUCUGCGGCUGCAACUGGCGCAGGUCGCCUGGCCUCUUCUUCUUCUUCUUCGGUGCAAAAGGCAUUACCCCCACCAUCUGCAACACAAACACAAACACAAACAACAACAACGACAACAAUGCACCAUCAUCAACAACAACAACAACAACAACAACAACAGCACAUAUUAGACCCAAACAUUUAUCCCCUUUCGCGUGAAAAAACUCCGGCAGAAAUGUCUGUUUCGUUUCCUCAUGUGGCCUCUAGAGUCCGUAGACGAACCGCUGAGGUGUCUGGUGCGUUGUUUCCAGAUUCUAGUGCCUGCCCUUCAAUGACCCUUGUUCCAGCUACCACCACCACCACAGCAUCAGCAUCAACAUCUACAGCCAAUACAAACCUCGUCCCACGUAAACGCAACUCUUCAACCCUUGUUGGAUCCUCCAGCAAACCUUCGUUGCCUUUAGAUUCCAAACUAUCCUUAGCAAUGUCUUCAAACUCGUUACUUACUACCACCGCAGAGACUUCUGCUGAUGAUGCGACUGUUGCUGUUGCUGUUGAUUCUGCUGCUGCUGCUACCCAAUCCACCUCAUCCUCAUCCUCAAACCCGCACAAGAUACGUCGUAUUGAAGCCACUAGCGACUCACAACCCAUCCAUCAUUCAACCAACAUCCUUCGUAACAGUACUACUACAGCCUCUUCCUCUUUUUCAUCUUCUUCUUCUUCUUCAUCUUCAUCUUCAUCCCAAAUACCUCGUGAGCAAUCUCUCCUUGGAUUCCCACCACUGGCAUCAUCCUCUUCUUCCUCCGCAACUCUUCUCUUAGCUCCCCCUUCAGUCCUCGACCCUUCCUCCGCAGUAUCCUCACCGGUCCCCGUUUCAAACCCCACGGGCCCACUAGAAACUCCACUUUCACCUGCUAACUCUCCUCGAACCGACACUGAAGAUGAAGACUUGACCCGCGGUGCCGGCAUCGCCGGUGGCUCCUCCUCUUCUUCCGUUGCAGCUAACGGUGACCACAGAAAUGCUAUGGCCUCUUCACAAGCCUCAUCAACUCGCACCUCAUUGACCACUGUCAACUCCUUUCUCAUCAAGAACCUCACAAGUCCAUCGCGUGUCCCGUGCAGCCUUAAUCUCCAUCCAACUCUAGACGAUGCACAUACCGUCAUCGACACGUUUGGGAACAUGUCUCCUCAGCUCAAACGUAAUGUACUUUUUAAAAUGCUUCAAGCAUGCGACCGCAAAACUCUAUCCAUCAUGUCAGGCAUCAUUAUGUCUGCUCUCCGCCACGAUAUUCUUUCGGCUCUUCCCACAGAACUCAUUCCAAAUAUUCUUGGCUACCUCGAUGUCAAGUCGUUGUGUGCCGCCUGCCAGGUCUCCAAGUCCUGGCGCACCAUCAUCGACGCUUCCGAAAUCACAUGGAAAGCGCUACUAACCCGCGAUGAGUAUCAUUACACCCCAGUCGAAUUUUCCCGUGCUCAAAAUGAGCACUGGGACUACUUGACAUGGGGACGCAAGCCAGGCGAUGAUGACAAGAAAACGGCGUUAUCCUCAAAUUCUCCGUCUCCUCUACCUUCCCUUGCACAGCCCAUCAACAUUUUCAAGGCCAUUUACCGCCGAAAGCAUCUCAUCAAUAAAAACUGGCUGGACCCUAACUCUCGUCCCUACCAUCUGUCCAUGCCGGGCAAUCCCCAAGACAUGAUUACUUGUCUCCAGUUUGACGAUGAUAAAAUCGUCAUUGGAUCCGACGACUAUACAAUCACCAUUUACGACACCAACACCGGUGUCAAGCGCACCAAACUCAACGGCCACACGGGUGGUGUCUGGGCCCUCCAGUAUGUUGACAAUACCCUCGUCUCAGGCUCUACAGACCGCACUGUUCGCGUUUGGGACAUUAAACGCCAAGUCUGCACCCACGUUUUUUUCGGUCAUGUCUCUACGGUUCGUUGCCUCGACAUUAUCCUCCCGGUCCAAAUCGGUACCGACCAUCACGGCAACCCCAUCAUAGCCCCAAAGCAUCCACUUAUUGUCACUGGCUCACGCGACCACAAUCUACGCGUGUGGCGGCUACCCCCAGAGGGCUCUGGCCCAACAAACUUUGCCACUGAACCUCCACAUACUGGUGAGGCCUUCUUCAUGCACGUUUUGUCGGGCCACACUGACUCGGUGCGCGCAAUCUCUGGUCAUGGAAACCUUGUUGUUUCCGGCUCCUAUGACACCACUGUCCGUGUUUGGGAAGUUGAGUCAGGCAGCUGCCGCUGGGUUUUGGAGGGACAUGCUCAACGUGUUUACAGUGCCGUGAUUGAUCCCAAGCGCAAUCGCUGUAUCUCUGGCUCCAUGGACUGGCUUGUUAAAGUUUGGUCUUUGGAAACUGGAUCUCUACUCUACACUCUACAAGGGCACACUUCUUUGGUUGGCCUGGUGGACCUAAACCGUACGACCAUUGUGUCCGCUGCCGCAGAUGCAACCCUGCGUGUGUGGAACCCAGAGGAUGGAACCUUUUUGCACAAGCUUGAGGGCCACCGAGGUGCCAUCAUUUCGUUCCAGCACGACGAGUAUAAGGUUGUUUCCGGGUCAGAAGAGAUUCUAAAGCUCUGGAACAUUCGUACUGGCACACUUGUGCGUGACCUACUCCAAGGCAUGCAACGCAUCUGGCAGGUUCGUUUUGACGGCCGCCGCUGUGUUGCCGUUGUUAUUCACAAUGGUCGCACUUCUGUCGAAGUAUUGGACUUUGACUACGACCCAUAUGCUAAGGACGACCGCCCACGGACCGUGCGUGUUGUGACUUCAGAUAAUGAUCAGGGCCAGGGUCAACAACAACAGCAACAUGCACUCAUGGCCAAUGAAGGGUUUGGUGGGAACAAUUUGGCCCACAAUAAUCAUGCCAAUUUUGGAGGUGCUGCAGCUCCUGCUCUUGUUCAUGCAGCUCCUGCUCAAGCUCAAGCUCAAGCUCCUGCUCCUGCUCAAGCCCCCGAACCUCCUGCUCCUGCCCCUGCCCCUGCCCCUGCCCCUGAAGUCACUACAGAGGAACAUAUUCAUUUGCAUGCGACCGCUAGACAGUCCAAUGCAGCUUUAACCGGUCGGGCUGCUCGAGCUGAUCGUACUACUCGGGCUCGAGAUUUAUAUCGAGCAAAUGCUCCUGUGAUUGCGGCAAAUGAAGGGACCGCUGGAACACAAUUACAGCGCCGGCAACGUUCAACUACAGUUGCUCCCGCUGCACCCACAGUUUCGCAUGCAGUAGCUGCCACCACUACUACUGUAGGUUCGCGUCAUCCGCCUAUUGCAACAACAGAUGGUCGGAUGCUGGUGCCAAGGGUAACCAUGGACGCCUUGGUGGAGCGGACUGGUCAAGAAAAUGCAGCAGCCAUGGAACAAAUAUUUCCAGAGUUUGGGGCUACCUCAUCCACCAGGUUCCCUUUUUCUUCUUCUUCUUCUUCUUCGUCUGCUUCUGCUUCUUCUUCUUCUACUUCUACUUCCGCAGCAGCAAUUGCUGAAACUACUACUGGGCCGUCGAACUUGGACCGAACUCAUACGAGAUCACAAGGUGCGCAUCAGGGAUUGCAGUUGUACAUUCCAACCGAGCACGGACUCAAACAAUUGAGCUCGUUGAAUGAGUAUUCUCAGUCAACGAUGUCCAACGCUUUGGGGGCUUCUAGGACGCUUGCUCCUGCAACAUCUGCUACUUCGUCACUCAAUAGGGUAAUUGAGGAUGCUGAAAUGGGAGAUGAUGAUGCUGAAGAUGAAGACGUUGAUGAUGAAGAGGAAGAUGAAGAAGGAGACAACCAAGUUGAUUUCCCUGCUGCCGUCUUUUAA